AGCCCGAGGAACCGGAAGCAGAGCGGGCGUGAGGCUCCCAUCAUGCCCCGCGGCGGCGGCUGUUCAAAUCGGGGCCGGGACUCCGGAGACGGCCGAGCGCGAGGCAGAAAAUGGCGGGGCCGGGCCGCCAGGAGCGGGCAGCUGACCUGCUCCAGACCGAGCCCGCGGAGGCCCCGACGGUGACCCCGGAGCUCGCCGCGGGACGGGGCGGCGGCGGCGGCGGCGGCAGCAGCGCGGGGGCGGUGGCGGCGUUUCACUGCCCGCAGGGCCCGGCCGGCCGCGCCCCGGGCUGCCGCUCGGUCUCGGUGGUGUUCCCCGGCCCCGUGACCCAGCAGGGCUGCUGCCACUUCGCCUGCGAGCUCCUCAAGCACGUGCUGUACCAGCGGCACCAGCUGCCCCUGCCCUACGAGCAGCUCGCCUACUUCUGCAGGAGGGCGCUGCCCCGCCAGCCGCAGGAUGGAGAUGCAAUUAAGAAGUUGCCACAUCCCCCAGACCUAGGGAGCAGCAGGAAGUGCCAGCAGUUGCUAAUAGACCUGGAGGGAGUGUUCUGGCACUUGGAAGCCAUUUUCAACCUGACAUUGGUCCCUCGGGUCCUUAUUCUAGUUGGUGGAAAUGCCAUGAGCCCCAAGGAGCUCUAUGAGAUCAACUUGGAGGGCAUCUCUAUAGGCAAUGCUGAGGAGAGUCUGCAAACACCGUCCUGUGUUCGUAAGCUUUUCCACUCACUCUUCCUUGCAGACGUCUUCAGUGAGUUACAGGCUGUUCCUGUCAUGGGAACCAUUGUCAUGGUCCAAGGCCACCGUGACUGUGGCAUUGACUGGUUCCGACCCAAGCUCAACUACAAAGUGCCAACACGUGGAAGGAAGUUGACUGUCAACUUGUCCUGUGGUGGAAACAGCAGUACAAAUUCAUCUUCUCAGCAGGGAGUGACCUCUGUGUGGGACAACUACAUAUGGUUCCAAGCACCAGUGACAGUUAAGGGUUUCCAUGAAUGACUCUUGAUCUAUAGCAUUUUAAUGAGACAUUUUAAAUCAGUUGGUGCUACUUUAGUUGUUGCAAAAGAAUGUUUUUAUGAUCUGUAACUACACUUCUCUGAAUCCUAUAUCCAGGGAAUCUGCUACAUGCAUGCAGCUGGGGUGUGUUCCAUUGUCCAUACAACAGAGCUUUAAAUAUCCUCAUACAAGGGGAAAGCACUAGAGCAGUUUUGCCCACAGAUAUAGGUCUCUUGGGGGAACUGAGUCAGGAAGAAGGAAUUCCCUAGAGGGUUGGUGGGAGUAAUUUUGUUUGUGCAGCAUUCCCACUUACUCAGCCAAUACUUGAAGCAGCCUUUUCUGGGAGUAUCAUGGUAUUCACACAGCUGUUCUCCUCUUCUUGCUGAUAAAGUAGUGUACAAUAUUAAUGGAUGAAUUGGGACUUGAUUAAUGGGUGCUUAUGCUUAAUUUGGGGCUGACAAGGGCUAUCUAGCAGGUCAUAUUAAGCCACUCAGGAUCUCAUCUCCUUUACCGUCUAGUAAUUCCAUGAAAAUGGAGGGAGGGGUUGGAGUUGCAUAGCUAUAAGAAGAAUCACUUAAGGGAUGUAAUUUGUGUGAGGAAUGUUCUAAAGAGGGAGACCUCUAACCAUGAGAGAGGUCUUCUGCCCAGCACUGCUUUUUCUAUACUUGUGGAAGAAUGGAUGUCUGAGCAAUGCCACUUACACCAGUGUGAGAAGGCUCUGAAUGUUUUAAAUUGUCCAGCAUCAGUGAAACCAUAUAAAUGAUUCAUGUUUCAUUUCUA